CGGGGACGGCAGGGGUGACUGGACCUGGGGACGGGGCCGGGAAGGAGACGCGGGCUGGGGGCGUGGCCUAGCCGGGCAGAGGUGAGGCCCGCAACCCCGAGCAGGACCAACAGCCCGGAGCGGGACUGCAGGAAGACAUGAGCACGGUCGACCUUGCCCGCGUGGGCGCGUGUGUCCUGAAGCAUGCGGUGACCGGGGAGGCCGUGGAGCUGCGGAGUCUGUGGCGGGAGCAGGCGUGCGUGGUGGCCGGCCUGCGGCGCUUCGGCUGCUCGGUGUGUCGCUGGAUCGCCCCGGACCUCAGCAGCCUCAGGGGGCUACUGGACCAGCAUGGCGUGCGCCUGGUGGGCGUGGGGCCCGAGGCCCUGGGCCUGCAGGAGUUCCUGGACGGGGGCUACUUCGCAGGAGAGCUCUACCUGGAUGAAAGCAAGCAGUUCUACAGGGAGCUGGGCUUCAGAAGGUACAACAGCUUGAGCAUUGUGCCCGCCGCCCUGGGGAAGCCUGUGCGCGAUGUGGCCCUCAAGGUGGUGACAGGGCGUUGCUACACUUCGUCCAGAAGUCCCCAGGCGACUAUGUUUCCCAGGAGAGCAUCCUGCAGGCCCUGGGCAUCUCUGCGGAGGGCUGUGCCAGUGAGUCGCCCCAGUGUGAUGAGGAGGCGUGCACAGGGUGAGCCCCCGGGGCCUCUGCGGAUCCUGGAGGCAUCUGCUGCCUCGGGCAUGCUGGGUGUUGGGUGUGAAGAAUCUCUCCAGAACUUCUGGACUGGUGCACCAAGCUCUGCCACGUCCCAGAGUGGCAGUGAGCAUUAAACUAGGUUUCUUCAUUGGCUCUGA